AUGGGAAAUCUCCAAACUCUGAUAAACUAUCAUGCUCCAUUGAACUACUCAUAGGAUCUAAGUGAUUAACUUUUAGAUUAAGGAACAUUGUAACACCCAGGCUUGGGAUAAAUUCAACUAUGGAAGAUUAAAGCAAGUAAUUUGCCUCUCUUAUUUUCUUUUGUAAAUUAACCAUCUAAAAUACUUUAUAGCAUGUACAUAUAUUUGAAAAAGACUCAUCAAUUAUUAACAUACAUAAUUUUCGAAGUUCUCUUAAGCACCCUAAUUUGAUUGAGUAUUUCGCUUGUACUAGUUCAAAGUCGCUUAACAUUGGUAAGGUCCAAUCUUAGCAAUUCUUUUUUGCCUAUUACCCUUAAACCUUAAAAGAACAUAUUUAAUCUAGAACCUUGACUGAGGUAUAAAUUUGGAAGGUAACAUAAUAAAAUCUAUUAGAUAGAUAAUUGAAUAAAUAGUAAAUUUAAUGGUGUAUUUGUAAAAUUUGAACAGAUAUCAUUCAAAUAUCAAUUCAGAAUCAAUAUUCAUAAAUGAUAAUUUGCAUAUCAAAAUGUUAGACAAAAUCGGAUAAAAACCCAAUAAAAUAGCUAUAAAAGAUGAUGUACGUGAUUUAGGAAUUGUUAUUAUAGAACUCUUAACUAAAAGAAGUAAUUUAUGUAUAAUACUUAAGCAAAUCAAUUAAAUUUUAUUUAAUAAAUAAAAAAUUUACAUGGAAAAUUUACUUUAUAAUUAUUAUAAUUGGUUGCAAAAAUGAUAGAUGAAAACAUAGAUAAAAGACCUGAUUUUAUUUAAAUCCAAAAGAUGAUUAACAAUAGGUUCAAAGAACCCAUAUUUUUCAACAACCCAGAAAGAAAUGGAAAUCUUAAUAUAUUAACCGGAAGACUAUCAACCCAAGAGCAUUUAAAUUAUAAGAUGGAUGAAAUGAAGAUUUAUAAACAGCUCUCCCCUAUAAGAAAUUCAUACAAUUUGUUGUUGCCUUCUAAAUUGAAUAUUCCUCCAACCAUAGUCGAAAAAAGUCCUAAUUAAUAAAUGCAGGACUAGAAUAAAAUACUUGAGGUUCAUUACUAGGAUAAUAUCUAAUAAUCUCCUUAAAGGAAAAUUAAUCAAAUCCCAAUCGAGUAAGUUCCUACUACUGCCAAGAAAGAGAGCCCCAUAAGUAAUUAUUGACUUAAGUAUUUAGAACUAAGGAAUAAUGCCAUGAAUAGCCCCUGAGACUUUAAUAUUUAAA